AUGUUCCCCGUACUAUUAUCGUUGAUCAUUAUGCUACUUUUCACGACGAUAUUCCCUUCCGCCGUCGCGGUAAGCGUCAAGCUCACGGUUCCGGACACCUCGACGAUAUGCGACAAGAGCAUGAACCAAACAUUCUGCGAGAGCUUCAUGAAAUCCACCGCCGGGAUAUCCACCGCGGACCUGGCCGGCGCCGGAGGGAUCAUCCUCGACGUCAGCAGCAGGAGCGCGGCGGAGACCGAGGAUUACAUCAAAACCCAGCUAGCCGCGGGUGAUCCGAAGCUUGCGGAGGCGUACAAGAAGUGCUUGGAGAACUACCGUUGUGCUGUGAGCUCCAUCGCCGACGCCAAGGCUUCGCUGGCGUCGAAGGACUACGAGGGGAUGAACCUGAAGGCCUCCUCGGCUCAGUCGGAGACGGAUACUUGUAAUGAAGCGGAGACGGAUCCGGUUCCGGAGAGGAGUCGGUACAUGUGUAAUGUUCUGGAUAUUGUUCUCAUCAUUGCUAAUAAAUUGCAAAAAGGUUAG